AUGUCUGAUCCAAGUUCUAUUAAUGGUGGUAUCGUAGUAGCAAUGGCUGGGAAAGAUUGUGUUGCUAUUGCCUGUGAUUUAAGAUUAGGUAGUCAAUCAUUAGGUGUGUCCAAUAAUUUCGAAAAAAUAUUCCAUUAUGGUCAUGUAUUCUUGGGAAUUACAGGGUUGGCUACAGAUGUAACGACGUUAAGUGAGACUUUCCGUUAUAAGUCCAACCUUUAUGAAUUGAAAGAAGAUAGAGCCAUUGAACCUGAGACGUUUACUCAAUUGGUAUCGAGUACAUUAUAUGAAAAAAGAUUUGGUCCAUAUUUUGUAGGACCCGUAGUGGCAGGGAUUAACUCUAAAUCAGGUAAACCAUUUAUUGCAGGGUUCGAUUUAAUUGGUUGUAUUGAUGAAGCUAAGGAUUUUAUCGUAAGCGGUACAGCAUCUGAUCAAUUAUUUGGUAUGUGUGAAUCCUUAUAUGAACCGAAUUUGGAAUCUGAAGAUUUAUUUGAAACUAUCAGUCAAGCUCUAUUGAAUGCAGCAGAUCGUGAUGCCUUAUCAGGUUGGGGUGCAGUCGUUUAUAUAAUUAAGAAGGAUAAAGUUAUAAAGAGACAUCUAAAGAUGAGACAAGAUUAA